GCCACAGAUGCAAUGGUACGAUAUUUAUUUCAUUGGCCUACACAUCGGCACUCUCUGCGUUUGUGUACAGCUUGGACACAUUCAUAGAUCCCCAUGCGCCUUUUAUAAAAUUGGAAAACACUGAAGUCGCGGUGGUGAAUACCUCCGAUGCGCGUUCCACCCCAUAGUCAUGCCCGCGCCUACGCUCGUUCCCGUCGACGCCGGUGCGUUUCGUUGGAUAAGAGACGGCGUGUGGAAGAGCGCAGCUUACAGAGAAGAGCGGGUUUCACAAUUAUAAUUUCGUAUUCUCGCAAGACUUUCUGCAGGUGUGCGUAGAUGCGCAACGUUGUCAUUAGAAGCACUGCAUUGUUUGGUAGGAGGCCACUGUGAAGCUGAACCUGUAUCCGAUGUGACACAGCGGCGUAUUUCGGGACGGGCACCCAAUUUACCGUGGUAAAAGGAUGAAACGUAAGAUCACUCUGGUUCAGUAGGCCGUACAUAUUAACGGGACGAAAGGAAAUGCGUCUCAGUCUGGCAUCAUUGUUUCGUGUCGGGGUGCCCAGAAGAAAAUAGGGGGACGCGCUUUGCGAAAAUGGUCCUGGUUAUUCAUUUUAAAAUACACCGUCCCGCAUUUUCUUCCAGAGCGCCGUGCUUCCAUGAAUUGCGCCGGUAGAAGAUGUAUCACCAUGUAAUAAGAUCUAGGUGUGGAGAUCCGUUAUCGUACAGAUGCUUUACAGUCUGCCGCAAACUGCUGAUGCUUUUAAUCUUUAAUCUACAGCCGCAGUCCGGUUUCUCAGACUUCACCGUAGAUCAACAGUUCUGCGUGGAUCCCGGUUACCCUGAUCACGGCAGCCGACUCCCAGCCUCGGGGGUCUUUUUCGAGAAUGACCUGGCCCGGUUCUCUUGCGAAGAGGGCUUUCGACUCAAGGGCCCGGCCAAGAUGGCCUGUACGAGGCUUUCUAAUGGCUCCAUUGGCUGGAAGCCAAACGUGAAGCCGGUGUGUCUCCCCGAAGAUUGUAUGGUUCCAUACGUGGAUGAUGCUGAUGUUGUAAAUAAGACCUACAGACCUGGGGACCAGCUGGUUGUUAGUUGCCAUGGAGGAUAUCAGAUUCGUUACCCGGAUGCAGACACUGUACAGUCAGUCUGUCAGGAUGAUGGAAGCUGGGCUAACCUACCAGUCUGUCAAGGCUGUCUGCGGCCCAUGAUCCCUCCUCACAGCUACGUGAACCUCACCGAGACGGAGUUCUCCAUCCCGGUGGGGAAGGUGGUUCACUACCAGUGUUUCCCAGGCUACAAGCUGGAUGGUGCUGAUCUGCUGGAGUGCAUGUACAGCCUCAUGUGGUCCAGUCCACCACCCCGCUGCCUGGAGGUGGAAGUGUGUAGUCUGCCCCCCAUGGUGGAGCAUGGCGACUACGUGUGCCACCCCCAGCCCUGCGAUGGCUACAUCCACGGAACCGUAGUCGAGUUUUUCUGUGACCCAGGCUACACCCUUGCGAAUGACUACAGGUAUAUAACCUGCCAGUUUGGACAGUGGUUCCCUCACAUUCAGGUCUACUGCGUCAAAACAGAAACCUCCUGGCCAAACACUCCGGAGACUCUGACGACGUGGAAGCUGAUCUCCAUCACAGCCUCCAGUGUGCUGCUGGCCCUGUUGCUGGUCGUCUUAGUGAAGGCGUUCCAGUUCAAGUGCAAGACGCACCGGCAGUUGAGGGAUCAGCGCCGGAAUUCUGGCUGCCCCGACUUCCUGGUGGUGGAUGGGGUUCCUGUGCUGCUCCCCACGUAUGACGAAGCGGUCGGCAGCGAUGCCAAUCUGCCCCCUAACUUCGAGCCCCCUGCCCGUGCUGGCCACGCUCCCUACCUGCACCCCCAGGAACAGGGACCUCCAGCGUAUCCCGGCCAUGCCCAGGGACACAGAGUGACAGGCCGGGACACCACUGAAUAUGAGACGUGCGAGAGCCUUUCAGAUUCCACAGAAUAUCUCCAAAGCGUGUGCCCCUCGUCCGUGUUCACAGGGGGGCAGAGCAACUUGUCAGACAGGACCAACCCUGUGGUCUCACCGUCGGGGGACACGACGUCCACGAGCCCCAGUAUCGAUAUAGCUGACGGAAUGCCUCUGGUAGAGGAUGGAUGUGAAGACUGCUGAUGAAAUCUGCCACUUGGUAGAAAAAAUACAUAUGAGAAAGAUUUUUACAUGUGGAAGAUGAACUGAAGAUACUGUUCCUUUGCAUUACUACUCAUUAAAAUCCCGGGAAAUCUCUCUUUUUUUUAAAAAAGGAGAGGUGGAUCUCUUUCUUUUUGAGUGUGCAUGGCUGUACACAUCUCCAGUCAGCAUCUGUAUGUUUUUUUUUUGUUUGUUUCUGUUCUUGUCAAACCUAAAGCGACACUGGGAAAAUCGGACUGUACCUUAUGCCCAAGCAGACAGAGACCCAGCUGACAUUUUCUGUGCUUGUCUCUGACUGGUUUCCAGUCCUCAGAUCUCUGGUCAUACGUUCUGGAUCAUUAUCCAAAUUAACUUAGGUGAGAGAACUAACCUGUUCAGCAGAGACUGAACAGGGAUAUGAUCUUGAUACCAGCGGGUGAUUAACCGGUUACCUGCCAGUGGUUUGCCGGUGAAUGGUAGACAUGUGGGGGACUAAGCAAUAAGUAAAUAAGGAGAUGAUAAAAGUUUACGGGGGUGAGGAUCAUCAACAGGAACUGGGAAAACAAGACGAAAGGGAGCGGACAGUCCUGCUGACUCAGGACAUAAUGUCCAUUGUGAUCCUUGUUAAUUACUCUCCUUGUGAGCUGUGUGCUAACUGAGAGUUGUCUUUAAUUUCUGUCAGUCCUUUGUAGACU